ACUGUCAUGUGUAAAUCCGCCUGGCUUGACGCUGGUGUGUGGAAAAGAUGGCUGCUUCGGCGGCAACAGCGAGUUCUGUCCCCGGUUUGUGCCCAAGUUACGCAGUGAUUUGCUCUUUCCUGGAGCGGUACGGGGUCCAAUUGGACCUACCGGAGCUGACCUUCCCUCAGCUGGAGCGCUAUCUGCGGGACACAUCCUCAGUUCCAAAGCUCUUAGUGGACCUUCAUGUGAAGUUACUGAGGAAGAUUGGGAAAUCUGUGUCAGCGGACCGAUGGGAGAAAUACCUUGUCAAGAUCUGCCAGGAAUUCAACACAACAUGGGCGUGGGAGAUCGAGCAGAAAGGAUACAAGACCAUGUCCAUGGAGUGCAAGACGGGAAUCCUCAAAUACCUGUGCGAGUGUCAGUUUGAUGAGAAUGUCAAGUUCAAAGCUGCCAUCAAUGAGGAGGAUGCCGAUGCGAUGCGUCUGCAGCCCAUCGGCCGGGACAAGGACGGUCAGAUGUACUGGUUCCAGCUGGACCAGGACAACAACGUGAGGAUGUAUGUGGAGGAGCAGGACGACCUGGACGGAUCCUCCUGGAAGUGCAUCGUCAGGGACAGGAACGACCUGGCUGAAGUGGUGGCUCUGCUCAAGACACAGAUUGACCCUGAGCUCCUGAAACGAGACCUGGAAGCCAAAGCUAAAGAGGGCAAGGAAAAUGUGGAGGAUAAAGAGAAAAAGUCAGAUGAUGAAUCGUCUGAUGAGGAGAGCAAGGACCCAACAAAAACCAAGGCUGACAUUCCUGUGUCUCCAAAGAAGGAUGAGGAGCAAGACCAGGACAAAGUGAAGACGGAGGAGAGCAAGUCUCCAGUGAACGGCCUCCCGGAGUGCAAAGCAGAGCCCGAGCCAUCUGUAGAAAAGCCCUCAGCAGAGACCAAGGUCAUCAAAGAGGAGCCUAUGGAGGUGACCCCAGCCAUGACCGAACUGUCAGAGGAGCGGCUGAGUGAGCAACAGGCCAAGAUCCCACUUAAGAAGAGAGGCAUGAAGUUCACCGAGGGAUUUGAAAAAACAAGUAGUGUUAUUGUCCCAAACCAAGCAAUAAUCCAGGCCAAGGACAGUGUGAAAACCGAAUCCCAGAGUGUAAUCAAGCAUGUGAAUGGCGAGCUUGAGGAGAAGGAUCUGGACAAGCAGGAGCAGAUGGAAGUGGAUAAGCUGAGUGUAAGUGGUAAACAGAUUGAAAACAUACAAGCAAUGGAAACAAAAGGAGACGAGUCUUCCACAACUUCACUAGCUAAGGAUGACAGCAACGCAACCAAUCAGGAGGAACAUGAAUGCAUAGCAGCAGACAAGGCUCACAGCAAUACUAUAGACUCUGAAAGUAAACCCAAACCAGAUCAAACUGAGAAGGACCAAGCAAUUAGUGACGAAAAAACAUCAGAGGACAACAAUAUGUCAAAAACAAAAGAUGUUUCAGUCACAGAAGAUGGUGAGAGAAACAAAGUGGAAAAGAUGGAAGAAGACCCACUGGAGAAAUGCGCUCCAUCUAAAAGUGACCAAUCGGAUACAAUUUCUCCAGCCAUAUCUAAUCUGUCUGAAAAUAAUAAGUCAAAUACUGACCACUCAGACAGCACUUUGAAGGCUAAAUCCAGCCAAUCAGAAGAAGCGUCAAAGUCAAACGUUGUCCACUUGGACCAUAAUUCCAAGACAGAUGUUGAUCAGUCAGAUAACAGUUCCCAGCCAAAAAAUGACCAAGCAAUGGAGACUUUGCAAACUAAAGAAGAGCAUUCAAAACCUACUCCAUGCAAUGAAGAUGAAUCCAAAUCUUUGCCAGAUAAUGAAGACCAAUCUAAACCUCAGUCUACACCAGAUAACCAAUCGGAUAAGUUGGAAGUUGUCAUGCCCCCUAAAGAGAAGAUAGAUGAUGUUCAAAAUACAGAGAAACCAUCUGUAGAAAAGUCCAAAGACACGGACACGAAGGAACUAGUAGAGCCAGAGACUGAAAUGACAAAAGAUAAAGAUGAAACUAGUGCUGAGAAGAACCAAGACGCAAAUAACGACAAAACAAUAGCGGUGAUAGACCAAGACAAAACAAAAGCCCCAGAGAAGGAAACUAAAGAAGUUAAAGUAGAAGAAAGUAUAGAUGCCCAAUCAGAUGAGACUAAAACAGUAGAAGAUUCAAAAGCCUCUGCAACCUGUGAAAAACAUGUAGAAACAAAGAAUGAAGAAAAGACUGGUCAUUCUAAAGAUCUGACCAAGCAAAAAGAAACAAAAGUCAUUACAAAAGUGGGUGAAAAGGAGCCAACGGAGGAACAAUCAAAAAUAAGUGAGGAAACACCUAAGUGUGUAGAGAAAAUGGACAUCGAUGAGAAAGAGACUCCAAAAUCUGUCCUUCCUGAAAAAGACAGAAUUAAAGAGACCAGCAAAGGGGAGGAGGCUACAGCUGGAGAAAAAGAUGGAGGGACUAAUGGUGAGGACGAGAAAAUGGAGCAAACCAAACAAGAGACGAGCAAGGAUGAAGAGAAACCUGAUACUAAAACAGCAGAGAAGAAAGAUGGCGAAGACCUGGAAAGCAAUGGGAAAGAUGAGAAGAUGGAAGAAAAGAAAAAUGAAGAGAAUGGCAAAGCAGAGGAGGAGAAAGCAGAGGAAACGCCGGAGGAGAAAGCAGAGGAAACGCCGGAGGAGAAAGCAGAGGAAACACGGGAGGAGAAAGCAGAGGAAACACGGGAGGAGAAAGCAGAGGAAACACGGGAGGAGAAAGCAGAGGAAACACGGGAGGAGAAAGCAGAGGAAACACGGGAGGAGAAAGCAGAGGAAACACGGGAGGAGAAAGCAGAGGAAACACGGGAGGAGAAAGCAGAGGAAACACGGGAGGAGAAAGCAGAGGAAACACGGGAGGAGAAAGCAGAGGAAACACGGGAGGAGAAAGCAGAGGAAACACGGGAGGAGAAAGCAGAGGAAACACGGGAGGAGAAAGCAGAGGAAACACGGGAGGAGAAAGCAGAGGAAACACGGGAGGAGAAAGCAGAGGAAACACGGGAGGAGAAAGCAGAGGAUGAGGAGGGAGAGAAGAAGAAGGUGGGCAGGAGGCCACGGAAAAGGCCGGCCCACAGGAGAAAGGCUGAGUUGCAAAGAGAGGACAAGGACUCUGAAUCGGACACUAACACGGGCCUUUCUCUGAGGAGGUCGCCCAGGAUCAGACCGGCACCCAAACCAGCCCCAGAACCCACAGAGAAGAAGGACGAGAAAAAAGACGUCAGCGAGGAGGAAGAGGAGGAGGAGGAGGAGACGAAGGCUACGCCAAAGAAGCCCAGAGAGAAGAAGGUUCAGGACAAGGACCAGGAGGGACAGCCAAAGAAGGGGAGGAAGAGACGAAAGGUUCGCUGGACCAACACACGGACCAGACGCCGAAAGAAAGGCUCUGAGGACGAAGAAGAGAACAGCGAGGAGGAGACAAGCGAGUAUGAGGAGAGUGAAGUAGAUGACACUAGCGAUGAAGAUUAUAAAGUGGAGAGAUCCAGGAAGAGGCGCAACCGCAACAGAGAGAGACACAGCUCUGAGUCCUCCUGCUCCUCUGACGACCUACCUCCCAACGAAGACCCCUGCAAGCACUGUGGCCUUCCCAACCACCCCGAGUUGAUCCUGUUGUGUGACUCGUGUGACAGUGGCUACCACACAGCCUGCCUCAGACCUCCACUCAUGGUCAUCCCGGACGGAGAGUGGUUUUGUCCACCCUGCCAACAUAAACAACUCUGUGACAAGUUGGACGAGGCACUCCAAAACCUUGAUGCAGCACUAAAGAAGAAGGAGCGGGCUGAGAGGAGGAAAGAGCGUCUGAUUUAUGUUGGAAUCAGUGUGGAAAACAUCAUCACACCUGCUGUGGAGGUGGAAGAGAAACCAGAAGUUGUGUUGAAGGAGAAGAAGGAAUCCAAGAAAAGUAAGAGCUGGGGUCGAAGGUCAACAAGGACCCGCAAAACCAUCAGCUACAGAUUUGAUGAGUUUGACGAGGCAAUUGAGGAGGCCAUUGAGGAAGACAUCAAAGAAGCCGAGGGAGGAGGUGCAGGUCGAGGCAAAGACAUGGCCAAUAUCACAGGCCACAGAGGUAAAGACAUGUCCACCAUCCUUCAGGAGGAGGGCAAAGAGAAUGGCAAACCCCCCCGCUCCACAGGGGGGCAGAAAAAGAAGAAGAGGAGGCGUCUCAAUGAUCUGGACUCUGACAGCACUGUGGACGAGGAGGAGAGUGAGGAGGAGUUCUGUCUCAGCGGCAGCACAUCAGAGGAAUUUGUUGCAUCGGACAACUCUGGGGAGAGUGAGGCAGGGUCCAAUGAGAGUGACAACGAGAGUGGAGGCGGCAGGAGGUGGAAAUCACGUCCCAAACAGCCAAUCAGGAAGAGCCAACGCAAGAGGCGGAGACCUAAAGGGUAUUCAGAUGAGGAGGAGGACGAGACUGAUGAGGAUGAAGAGGAUGAAAUUGCUACAGAAGGUUCCAGUGAGUACAGCAGCAGUGAUCUGGAUGUGAGCAUGCGCCGCUCUCGCAGGAGCCGCAAAAGAGCCGUGAACUACCAUGAGACGUCAGAGUCUGAGGGCUCCCAAGCUGAGACCAACAGGGACAAGAUGAAACCCAGACGCCGCCUGGAUGACAGCUCGGACACCAGUGCGAGCUUCUCGAGGGACUCGUCAGAGGAGCGUCCAGAGCGCAGGUUGAAGAGGGACUGGUCUGAUGAGGACUCAAGGCAGAGACGCCGGCGGCUGGCUCUGAAACGGCGCAGAGCUUCAGAAGAUGAUGAGUCUUCAGACGAGACAGACUCUUCAGAGGAGGACCGGCCUGUCAGGAAACGGGUCAACCGCAUCGACUCUGAUGACUCUGAGGAGGAGCAGGAGGAGGCGGCCUCACCUAAGAAGCCAGCUGAGGAAGACAAACCCAAGAAGUCCAGUGAAGAGGAAAAACCCAAGAGCACGAAUGAGGAGGACAAAUCUAAGAAGACAAGUGAAGAGGACAAACCGAAAAAAACAGCAGAGGACAGAACAAAGGGGCAAAGCAACAGCCUGCCUCCCACAUCAGGACAGAGCGCAGUGAAGAGCGCAGCCCCAGCCCCACACUCUCACAUGGACACUCCCAAAGCCACUGCCCCCAACGGGGUGGGCUCAGAGGGGGCACAGGGUGAGGAGGAGGAUGAGGAUGAUCUGUUAGGGGUCACUGACUUGGUGGACUAUGUCUGCAAUAUUGAAGACUUGUAAAAAGAACAGUGUCCCUGGACUUUUGUGCUAUUGUAUUUUUAUAUAGCUUAACUUUAUUCAAACUCCCUUCCUCUCCCCAUGUGUCUGUCCCUGAGAGCUGCUUCACAUCUGCCACAGAGCUCACCGACUCGUGUGGUCAUUUCCAUGUUUGCAUUUGAAUCGUUUGUUUUUAUAAAAAAUAAAUAUCAAUUCCCAAUAAUAAUGACUGAGCACUCAGUAGAAGUAAUGUUUCUGUGCAAAAUUGUAUUGUCAAAACAAAGAAAUGUCAUUUUGAAAAAUGUAUUGAAAUAGAAAAUCUUGGGUAAUGUAUAAUAGAAUAUUCAAUUGUUUGGGCUAAACAAAAAAUCAUGUAAUAUUUUUCUCAAAAUGAACGUGUUUUUAAAGAUUUUGGCUUGUUCUGAAAAGAAAUGUGUUUCAGAGAUGUAUUAAUGGUUGUAAAUAGCACGUGUAUUGUAUAGCAGCCUCAAAGCUGUUGAGUCUGUAAUACAGUCCAAAAGUAUUGUGUUAUUGGGCGCUUUCGAAAUAUGACACAAUUGGCAAUCAAGGGAAACAACAGAACCAAUACGUGCUCUGGGAUCAGUACUUUGGAUACGUUUGCAUAUGUUUUAUUUCAUCAUAAAAAAAAGGAUUCUGACUGCUAACACAAUUUAAACUGAUUUUAAAGAAGUCUCACCUGUAUGAAGCAGCAUAUCCAUAACUGACCAUCACAUUGACCACCCUUCUUAUUGCUAUAGACUAGUUUUUGUAUAUUGUAAACAUAUUUUAACUCCCGUCAGUAUCAGUCGUGCGCUCCCAGUUUGUGUAAAGAUUAGUCUAGCCUUCUCUUUAUGUUACACUUUUUUAUAUAUAUUAACAUUUGUAAUUUUUGUAAACUUAUUUUGUGUUGUCAUGGAAAUGUAAAGUGUCUUAUUUUCUGUACAUUGUGUAGAAGCAAACAUGGCAUUUACAAACUAAAAUAAUAUUCUGCUCUUGGUUUUUGUUUUUGAUCACAAAAAGGUUUGGAAAAGGCUUCCAUGACUUUUCUUACCUGUGCUGGAGCCACAUUGUGUGUAUAUCUGUAGCUAUUAUAUAACCUGUAAUAUAUUUAGAGACAUUUUUAAAUCAAGGAAAAUAUGACAAUUCAUUGUUGUGAUUGUUCCUUUUGUAGGGAAAUAUUCUCAGCACACCACGUUUUUUCUAACAAAUGGUGGUAUUGUUCAAGGCAUGUCCACACCUGGAAAGUUGAGAUUCAGCUGAGUUGCUGUAAUUUCUUUCAUAGUUUAUAAAAUGAGUGAGCAUGGUUUUCUCCAAAGGAUGAACCACUCUUCAGUUUGAAAGCACUACGACCAAAUGACUUUAAGCUAAGCUAAAGCUGCGCGAGUUCUUUCUCCCAUUACAAAGUGUUGUUGUGGGUGAUUCCCACAUGUUUGUACCCUGGAUGUGUGAGUGAAGGUAUGGAUGCUGCGCACUGACACCAGUGUUGAGGAUCACCUCAUGAAGCAGAGGAGACCCAGUCCACCCGGAAAGCAGUGGUCAUGUGACCUGUGUCGUGUCUGCCCGUUACGUUUUUGUUAACUGAUUUGCUUCCUGAAUUUGAUAUUGUUCA